AUGAUUUUUGAUCUCUAACCACCAUCUCCAUCUCUCUCUCCCAACUCCAGAGUUCGAUACUAUUAGGAAUAGUUAGAUAAAGCACAUGAAAUUAUAGAUCAAUUAGAAAUUUUACUCUAAGAAAAAGAACUACAAAAAUAAUAAGAUCACCCCUCUUCUAGUUAUGUUCCAAUCCCUCCUCUCCAAUUCCAUUCUAAGUCUCCUAGUGUCAUGAGUGAAAGAUCCAAAAGCUAUGUGGCCACUCCUCAACAGUAUUCUACCCCAAGGGAUCUCAGGAAUCGCAUGUCCAUGGGCAAUUAGAACUCAAUCAAAUAUAUUGAGGAAAUGAAAACAAGGCACACCGAACUCGUCUUAUAAUUCAAAGAGGACAAUAGCCAAAGAGAAAUGAAGAAUAAAGAAAUCAAUGAUCAUAUCUAAGAACUAAAAACAGAAUUAAUAUAUUGUUAGGAAAAACAAACAAUGACUCAAAAAGAAAAAAAACAAUCUUAGCAAUAAUUGGAAAUCCUACAAAAUGAGAUUGAAAACAUUUAAUCUUAAUUGCAAAAAUCUAGACAACAAGGAUUACAAUUAUUACAAAAACUUUAACAAUAUAAAUAAGAUACCCAAGAAAUUGACAUCGAAUAAGAAUAAGAAAUCACUUACCGAAAUCCAUAAAAAAAUCCAAUACUUGAAACUCCUGAUCCAUCAAAAAAACGAAAAUUUAAAAAUUCUACUAGUCACAAAAAACUAAUGUAAACCCUAUAGCAAUAAAUUGAAUUACUUGAAGCUUAAAAAAAGCAUUACUAUAAUAACUCUGUUUCAAACUUCUAAGAAAAAGAAAUUGAAACCAGUCGGAUUAUUGAUGAGAUUAUUGAGCCUAAAUAAAAUCAAAGGAUCGACACUUUAGAUGAUGUAAGAGUAGUCACUGAUUCUGGUUUUAAAUUUAACACAUAAGUUGAUCAUGAAAAUGAAUCAGUUCGGUCAUUUAAAAUUAAGAAAUAGAAACCAAGAAGUUGUGAAUCAUGUAACAUAUUCUGA